UCUUUCUCACAGAAUCAGAGCCACCAGCUUCCUUCGUUUGUUUCAUCCUCUAACGUUUUCUUCAACGUUUCAAUUUCUGCAUUACUCUUUACGACACUUCCAGCAACAUGUUCAUGGGUCGCUUCUUUAGUGCAUGGUUCAAAACUAAGCACAGUCCUCCGUAUUAUCGUUUGAAUGAUAGAGAAGAUGGUACAUUGAAGUGCUUCAGUUUAAAUGAUAUAAAAACUGCUACAAGGAACUUAAUUCAAGGGAGAGAUGACAAGCUUUGUUGUGUAAUUACUGUCAGGAAGGGGUGGAUUGAUGAGCAUACAUUAGCCCCCAGUAAACCAGAUUCAGGUUUUGCAAUUACUGUCAGGAAGCUUAACCAAGUGUGCCAUCAGGAUCACAAUGAAUUGUUGAGAAUAAUCAAUAUUAUGGGACAACUGAGUCAUCCCAAUCUUGCGAAACUUAUUGGUUAUUGCUUAGAGGAUAUCCACCCCAUUUUGGUAUACGAUUUUUCGCCCGAGGGAAGUUUGGACAAUCAUUUGUAUAAAAGAUCUUCUAAUGUUCAGCCGCUAUCAUGGAAAAGCCGCAUGAAGAUAGCUCUUGAUGCUGCUACGGCUCUUGCAUAUCUUCACGGUGAUGAAGUCAACGUGAUACAUGGAGAAUUAAAUACUUCUAAUAUCUUAAUAGAUUCAAAUCACAAUGCAAAGAUAUUCGAUUUCGGAUUGAAUAAAAAUGAAAGGUUUAGGAGGUGCCAAGGUUUUGCAGUAAUUUACGCAGCACCUGAGUACAUAAUGACAGGUUAUCAAACCAAAAUGGGUGAUGUAUACAGUUUUGGACUUGUUCUGUUGGAAAUUAUGUCUGGCAAAUGUGUAUUUGAUAGAAAUAGGCCACGAAAUGAACGUAAUUUAAUCGAAUGGGCCAAGCCGUUACUCUUGAACAAAUGCAAGAUAUUCAAAGUCAUGGAUUGCUAUAUAGAAGGGCAAUACUCGCCGCGUGAAGCAAUGAAAGUAGCUUGCAUUGUAAUUUGUUGUCUGUCUGAAACACCAAAAAAUAGACCAAACAUGGAUGAGGUGGUGACAGCAUUGGAACAACUUCAGGAUUCUGAUGACACAAUUGGAACAGCUUCUCCACUUUGUGGAAAUUGACAUUAUUUUCAUUUUUGAAUAAAUAUU